AUGUCACUUCCACGCAGCCUGCGGGCAGCAGAAACGCUGCUGUCGCGCACAAAAGCACCCAUCCGCCCCCAACUCCGCACCCUCACCACCGCCCCGCAUCGACGACAACAACAAGAAGCACCCAAACCACCCACCACCACCAACAGCAACAACACACCAGCUACACCAGCAAAGCAAGCUACCAAAAUCCUCUCCCCAACCCCAAGCGCUCCCACCACGCAGAACAUCUCUAAAACUGGGCUCGCCGACAGACCGCUGGAGCUGGACACCCCCCCGGAGGAGAAGAUCGACUGGACGCGCUCCUUCCACGGGCUCUCGGCGGAACCGUUCCCCAAAGAAGCGGCCGACAUCCUCCUCGCCGAGACAGACCCAGAAGAAGUCGAGAUUAAGCCCGAUGGCAUCCUCUACCUGCCUGAGAUCAAGUACCGACGGAUCUUGAAUCGUGCGUUUGGGCCCGGUGGCUGGGGACUGGUGCCGCGCAGUGAGAGUAUUGUUACCCCGAAGACGGUCACGAGGGAGUAUGCUUUGGUUUGUAAUGGACGACUUGUUUCCGUUGCGCGCGGCGAACAGGAUUAUUUCUCGCCCGAUGGCAUUCCGACCGCGACGGAGGGCUGUCGGUCUAAUGCGCUGGUGCGGUGUUGCAAGGAUCUAGGCAUUGCGAGCGAGUUGUGGGAUCCACGCUGGAUCCGCAAGUACAAGGCGCAGUAUACGCGGGAGGUGUUUGUCGAGCACGUGGUGAACAAGCGGAAGUCAAAGAUCUGGGUGAGGAAGGGUGAUGACGUUUCGUACCCGUGGAAGGAGUUG